GCCAAUUUCGGGGGUGAAAUAUCGAUUUACUAGCAGGUGGUAGCACAAACAAUCCCUGGACCGUGCUCCUGCAGACAUUCUAUAGUUUGGAGACAGGAAGAGGUUGAUGUGAGGUACGCUACCUCUCAUAAUAUUGAGAGCCACGUAUUAAAAUCCAAAUUUUGAAUUACCAGAAAAGCAAAGAAAAAAAUAUUUACAACAAAAUUGCAGUCGAACCAUUUGAAUCAUACGUCAAUAAUUUAUUGUUAAUAUAUACAUAUAAACAGUAUCAAUCGGGUUAUAAUGGAUCGCCAUAAUUGUAUGGCAGUAUUAUUUUUAUUUUGCUGUGCACUCCAUUUUUAUACUGAUAUUGAUAUCCUGAGUUAUUUUAAUCUUAAUGCACGCAUAGAAGAAUCCAGAAAUAAUGUAAAAAUUGAAGAAAUGACAAUGCAACAUCAUAAAAAAAAUAAAGAAGAAAUCAAUAAGUUUGAUGAACAUAAGUCAGAUGUGGUUGAUGUACUUCUGGCUGUUGAUGAUUUCGAUGAUUUUACUUUUAAAGUUUUGAAAUAUAAAGAUUUGUUUGAGCAGAUUUAUCUAGAGUCCAUUAAUUUAUUUGAAGACAUGACAUCAUUGGAACUUUUCCUCCCUAGCUGUAUCGAUCAACAUCAAUAUACAAAUAGUCAAAAAUGUUUAAAAAAAAAUGAAAUACAUAAUUUGGAGAAUUUGGAACUAAUAAAAAUUGAAUUGGGCAUCAAUAUAAUAGGAUUUGGCAAAAUAUUUAAUCACACAUUAAUUAUCAAGAAGUUUGAUAACUUAUUUAUUAGCGGAACUAUUGGUAAUGAAAAUUCGAAUGAUCGAGUAUUCAACAAAAGCGUUCAUAAUGGUGAAUUCAUAACAUGGAAUUAUGAUGAUUCUAAUCCAAACUUUUUUAACUUAAAAAUUUCCUUCGAUGAGAGUUUUUCUGGUAAGAACGUCAAUGCAAAGCCGGACUUGAAAUAUAUUAACGACAUAAAAUUUAAUUUACCAGUACAAGGAUUCAACGGAUUAUUGAAACUACUUGAAAAUGAAAUACACAUUCCAACGACACUUCUUCCUAACAAAAUGAACUAUGAUUGUAUGAUUACAAACAAUUAUGAAACUGUUCAUCGUACCAUUCAUUUUCAAACUUAUAACACUAUUUUACUUGAACAACAUAAACAUAAUGUAACUAACUUGGUUAAUUCAUUUAAAAAUGGUGACUCUUAUCAAAUGGGAUUCCAUGUUUAUUUUAAAGAAUUAUUCUGGACUGCUAACUUUACCAUACAAAUUGGCGAACAAUUAAACUUGGUCGAUUUCGCGACAUUUCAUUUGAAAGGGUUAGAAAUAAAUAUCACCUAUAUACCAAACAGCGUUCCAGCGUACAAUGUAUAUAUUUCCGAUAAAUAUCCAAUAUAUAUAUCCUCAACUGAAAAGAUGAUGCCAUAUUUUGAUCAAGUGCAUAAUUUAAAAAAUACAGUAAAAUAUUGCAUCAGCCAAACAAUUAAAAGAAGCUUACAAUUAUCUCUAAAUCCACUAAAUCCAAUGACCGACAUUGAACUAAUUUUAGAAAUGACCAAAUAUGUACGUAUAUAAUUAACAUCUAAAUUAUAUAAUAUAUAUAUACCUUUAGUCACAAAAAAAGUGUGUAGUAUUCAAAUUCAUGGUAUAGCCAAGCAGUAGAUUGGUGUUCUUAAAAAAAUAUUGUAGGGUACACGUUUAGUAUGCUAUCUUAAACUACUGAAAUUUUUAUUAUUAUCUUUAACCUAUUUACAAUAACAUAUAACUAUCUACUUCGACGUCUAAAUAAUUAAUUAAAUGUAGUAUUAACAUUUCCACGACACUCAAAACUUAUCAAUAUUAGCUAUAUUAGAAUUGACUAAUUUUUAGUAUAAUAUUUUGAAAUACCGGUCAAGAAAUACAUGUGGUUUAUCGAAAUUUGCAGUUAUAGAUAGAUAGAUAUAAGUACAAAUUAUCUUCAUAAUGCUCAACUCGUUAACACUUUUGUUGAAUAUCAGUCAAUUAAUUUUUUUUCCUUAACAUUACCAUUAAUUUUAAGUCAAAUCGACUUGUAUGAUAAUACAAAUCAUAAAUAUCAGACUAAAUAAUUUAACUUUUUGUAGCAUACUAAAUGAUUAUAUUAUGUGCCCUUAAUUCAGGGCUUUCCAUUACCGCACUCAAAUCCAUUCAAUGGCAUAGUUUAUUGACAUACAGUUGUUACCUAAAUUUAUCUAAAUUUAAUUGAAUAAACAAAAUAACAAAUAUUUCUUUUAAUCUAAUUGUAUUAUUGAAUAUCCAUACUUAAAUUUAUAAUAUAAAUAUCAUUUUUAAAUAUAAUACGGUUAA